AUGCAGGUGACGCUGGUGUCGAACCUGGAAGCUUACGGCUUCGUGCUGCCGUCGCUGAGCACGGCGUGUCAGCGUGCAGUGGGCGCGGCCUGCGGCGUCACCAGGGCACCAGGGGCCCGCCACGACCAGCUUAUGCUGCAGGGGGACCAGACUCGCUUCGUGACCAAACUACUCGUAGAGAAAUAUGGCUUACCUAAGAAAUACGUGGAAGGUGCGGACAAAGCGCUCAACAAGAAGAAAUAGUGCAGCGGACGCGCUCUGAGCGGCCGCGUGCUUUACUCUGGCAUCAUCAUAAUCGAGUCUUUAAAAGUUGUUGUGUGUGUUUAGUAGUUGGCUAGCAAACCAAGAGGCCACACAUGAUGUUCAUACACCUUGUGCAUAGUAACAGUACAUUUCUUUGCUACCUUACUCACAUUGAAAACUUAAAAUUGUGGAGACCUCAUCAUGUAUUAACUGCCAAAUAUGGUCUGGGCUCCUAGAUUAUUAUUACCUUCUGAAAAUAAAUAGGUUACAUCUUCUAAAAAAUAUAAAUAUAAAUAAUUCUAAAAUUUUGUGACGAGUCAACUAACUUAUGCCUAAACAGAUUUAAAAGACUGAUGCUAUGGGUCUCGAGAUCGAAAAAUGCUGACAAUGGAAUAAAGCAUGCGUGGUGAUUACUAUCAUAGGAGUUUUAUGAGACUCGAGAAAUUAAAUUUCACCAAGUGAUAUGUGAUGUGAUGACAGU